AUGGUUCCUCUGUUUCAUGAUCCUCUCUGGAGGAAGUCCCACUCAUCCCAUAAUAAUGGCACAUGUCAUGGAAAUAUCAAUCAAAAUUUCAUUGUCUCCUGGUGUAGUAUUGGCACAUCCACAAACUGCCAAGAUUUAACAUUCUGUGGGAAAGAAUCAAUGUCGGAAUCAGAGACUAAAGCAGUCUCAAGCCUUAUAAAAAGCAGAAAAGACACCCUGUGCUUCCUGACCAUGCAGUCCUAUGGGCAGCUUACUCUCAUACCAUAUGGCUACACCAAAAAUAAACCAAGUGACUACGGAGAACUAAUUCAAGUUGGACAGAAGGCGGCAAAUGCAUUGAAAGCAAAGCGUGGAACCAAUUAUAGAGUUGGAUCAAGUGCAGAUAUUUUAUAUGCUAUGUCAGGAUCCUACAAAGACUGGACUUGAGGCAUUGGGAUCCCCUUCAAAUACACGGUUGAGCUGAGGGUCAACGCUACCCAUGGUUUUCUUCUGCCUGAAGCCCGACUCCAGCCCACUUGUGAGGAAAGCAUGGAAGCUCUGCUUUCACUCCUUGAUGGUGUGUAUGAGAAUUACUGGUCGCCAGCAGCGCCGGGAAGGACAGCCACAAACUAG